CCUUUUCUGAGUUUCUUAGCAAAGCUUCACGUUGUUGUCCCAGUAAGUGUGCGAGACAACUAGCAGGUAUUGCUAUAUAUUUUGCCCAUACUAACUGUACCAAGUUUCAGAUAGCCGGUAUUGUUUACCGCCAGUUGGCAACAUUCCUUAAAUCAAAUAUAUCCUGCAUACAACCACGUCACUAUCCCACUUAAAAAUCUAAUCUUGAAUUUGCCUCCAAAUCAAACCCAGUUAACUACCAGGUAUACACCAAUGUCCCCAACGCUCUCCACAUUAAUCAAUAAAGCCACCGAUCCAACACUCACGGCCGACAAUUGGCAAUACAUCUUAGAUGUAUGUGACAAAAUAUCUUCCGAUCCCGAAACAACCACCAAGGAAGCCAUUCGGGAACUUACGUUCAAAUUAAACUCCAAAGACGCCAAUACUAUAUUAAGAAGUUUAUCCUUGUUAGUCUCUAUUGCUGAGAAUUGUGGAUCGAGAAUCAAGCAGGAAAUAGCCACCAAGACAUUCUUACAGGAUAACUUGAUUCGGAAAUUGAGUGAUAGAAAGUUGCAUGUUACUGUAAAGUACAAGAUUGUUGAAGUUAUCGAACAGUUGUAUAAUACAUUCAAGACUGAUCCUUCUUUGAAGCCAAUGACUGAUGCAUAUAAGAAGGUUCAAUCAGACUACAAGCAAUACUUUAAGUCCGCUCCAUCCAAACCAGCAAAACAAGAACGAACCCAACAAGACAAACAAAGAGAAGAUGAUGAAUUACAAAGAAUCUUGAAAUUAUCUUUGCAAGAAUACGAACGAGAACAAACCAUGAAGAAGGUAUCUCUUCAGGAAAAGCCACUUCCUGAUGACCCAACUUCUAAUCAGCCUAACCAAUCUCCACCCAAUGAACCACAAACUGUGGCUACUGUAUCUAAAGUGCGUGCAUUAUACGACUUGAUUUCAUAUGAAGAGGAUGAGUUGUCUUUCCGUAAGGGAGAUGUAAUCACUGUUAUCGAAUCAGUAUAUCGUGAUUGGUGGAGAGGUUCUUUGCCUAAUGGAAAAAUUGGGAUUUUCCCAUUAAACUAUGUCACUCCAAUAGUCAAUAAAUCCAAUAAGGAAAUAGCUCAAGAGGUUUCCAUUGAAAACAACUUACUCUCGGAGCAAAAGAAGAUUGACAAGUUAUUGUCCAUUCUUUCUAGUCAAAAUGUUCAAAAUAUAAAUGAAGACGAGAUCACUCAAUUAUAUAAUGAAAUCAUUCCAUUAAGACCACAAUUGGGUAAGUUUAUUGACAAGUAUAACGUAAGAAAGGAAGAAUUGAUGGUUUUAAACAAUCAAUUAAACAAUGAGGUGAAGUCAUACAAUGAGUUAUUGGAUCAGCUGAUUGCCAGAAGAGCCCAACAACAACACUCACCCCAACAACAAUUUACUGCGCCGCAAAUGGCACCUUACCCCACUGGUGCUGGUACUGGUACAGGCGUUGUUCCUCCUCCGCCCCAGGCCAACUUCCAACCUUCGUACGAAUAUCAGAAUUUACAACAGCAGCCUACCAGUGCUGGGUUUGGUAAUGGUAGACCGCAAUAUCCCUACCAAUAGAUUUUCUCUAUAUAUUAUUUCCACAUAAUAGGUACAUAGUAAAGCAAGUUAAGUUUGUCCUGUG